UGGGCCAAAAUUGCAGGUGGUGGGAGAUAACAAACACAUGACAAUGUCUCGAAAUUAAGAGGCAUCACCACUCACACACUCUCCUCUCUCUAGUAGGUUUUGAGUGUUUUUAAAUAAAAAUCAAUACUUUGUUGGAUUUUCAUGUGAAAUUAAACUUGAUGGGUGAUAGGAAACAGAAGCUCACACGUCAUCACCAGUCACCACCACCAUCUAUCCCUCGUCUUCAAUAUCAAACUCAGUUUGCAUACUAGACACUACUAUCUCUUUGCUGAAGCAAUAAGUUCUUUAAUCCAAAUCCAGGUAUUACGAAAUUGUGUUCUUUCGAGUCAGAUUUACAAUGGAGCAUGGAAGAAAAUGCAAUGCAAUUACUUCCACAAUAAAACCGCUUACCAACCCUGAUCCAGAAGCCAAACCCGGUUCAGAUCUCUCUUUACCUCCAUUCCUGGUCAAGAAAGAAAACCAAAAGCCGAGGACACGUGGUGACCACGAAACCAAGUACAAGGAGUGCCAGAAGAACCACGCGGUCUCAACCGGAGGACACGUGGUGGACGGAUGCUGCGAGUUCAUGCCUGGAGGAGAGGAGGGCACUCUUAGUGCGCUAAGUUGCGCAGCCUGCAGUUGCCACCGGAGUUUCCACCGGAAUGAAGUGUCCAGACACAGAAACAGCACACAAGAAGAGCUGAUAUCUCCGGCAUUUUACCGAAGUGGUAGCUUGUAUAAGGCGAUGAUACAACCACGUGGAGUUUACCAGAAACAGAGAGUUGAUGAAAACGGUUUGAUGAUAAUCAGAAAGAAGAAGAGGGUAAGGACGAAGAUCAAUGAAGAACAAAAGGAGAAGAUGAAGGGAUUUGCAGAGAGGCUAGGGUGGAGGAUCCUGAAGAAAGACGAUGAAGAGAUCGAUAAGUUUUGUAGGUUGGUGAAUCUGAGAAGACAGGUUUUCAAAGUGUGGUUGCAUAAUAACAAGCAAGCAAUGAAGAGGAACGGUGACACUUGUGAUCUGCAAAAAUGAAACUAUAAGUCACUUUUGACUAUGAAUCCGUGACUAUUUUAAAGAAUUGUAGAUGCACAACAGAAGCGUCUAUCGUGUUUUGAUUUCUUAUGUUUUUUUUUUUUUAUCAAAGAUUUCUUAUGUU